CGCUUCUAUCUAUAUAAUGCCAUCAACACAUUACCAAAGCCUUUUAGAUGAAGUUCACUCCAUUCCAAAAUUGAGAAAAGGUGCUACAACUGCGUUCCAUUGCAUAAGAGUCACUGCAGGUAUAGACAUGCUAAUGGCGGAUCAUCAGAAAAUUCAUCCGGUUGUGGACCCAGAAGCACCGCCGACAGAGCCUCUAGUCCCUCGUGGCUCAUUUAGAUCAGAAAAAGGUGACCCAUUUCAGCAUCCUCCAGAUCCUCCAUUGCAGCGUACCAUUCCAGUCAUCCACUCAAAACCACCAAAGAGAAGCUGCUGCUGCAAAUGCAUGUGUUGGACAAUCAGCCUCCUUGUCCUGCUGUUGGUUAUUGUUGGAGCCAUAGCUGGUGUUCUUUACCUUGUCUUCCAGCCAAAACUUCCCAAGUAUUCAGUUGAUAGCCUGAGAAUAACAGACUUCCAACUCAACUAUGACAUGACCCUGUAUGCUAAAUUCGACAUGAAGAUCAAGGCCAAUAACCCAAACAAGAAAAUUGGUAUUUACUACGAGAAAGGGGGUAAACUGAGUGUUUGGUAUACAAACACCAAGCUGUGUCAUGGGUCACUGCCAAAAUUCUACCAGGGCCACCAGAACACCACUGUGCUCAACGUGGUAUUAACCGGGCAAACACAAUAUGGGAGCACUUUGAUGACAGCAUUGCAGGAGCAACAACAGAAGAGACGCAUACCCUUGGAUCUUAAGGUUGAUGUGCCAGUGGCAAUCAAGCUGGGAAAGUUGAAGUUGAAGAAAGUGCGAUUCUUGGUAGAAUGCUUGUUGGUGGUAGAUAGCUUAAGUGCUAAUAACCUGAUCAGCAUCAGAGCAAGUGACUGUAGGUUUAGACUAAAACUCUAGAUCUAUCUCACUAUACUCCCAUUCUUUAGAUGGAAGCUCUGUUCUUUAUCGUAGCUUGCACUGCCUCCUAAGCUUGUGUAGACAUCAAAUUUCUUUUCCUGUAUGAGAAUAAAGUUAAAUAUUGUAGCAAAACAGAAUUGCAGUAUAUGCAACAUACCUUUU